AUGGCUGAUAGACUGGAGGUUGAUCCUGCAACGCACUCUGUUGCUGCUGGUAUCGGCGGUGCGUUGUCUAUGGCUGUGACUUAUCCAUUGGUUACACUCUCAACACUGGCACAGACUAAAUCUGAAAAGACUACCGGCAGUAAACAAGGGGAGGAGGCACAAGAGGAGAAGAGGGUUUCCACACUGGCUGCAGCAAAGUAUCUGUUGAAGAAUGAGGGUAUCCUGGGGUUCUACUCUGGUUUAGAGAGUGCGAUCUAUGGUGUUGUGUUGAACAACUUGGUGUACUACUACUUCUACGAGGCGCUGGCCAAAUUGAUACUGAAUCGUAAGAAGAAGGCCAAGAAUGGGCUGACACCGGUUGAGAGCAUCCUCACAGGUGCUAUAGCAGGAUGCAUCACUGUGUUCUCAACAAACCCAAUCUGGGUUGCCAAUACCAGAAUCACAGUCAAGGGCAAGGGUAACAAGAUGUCCACUUUGAGUGCGCUCAAGGACAUCAUCAAGACUGAUGGAAUUAAGACACUUUUUGCAGGUGUUUUACCAGCUUUGAUUCUUGUUCUUAACCCAAUAAUCCAGUACACCAUCUUUGAACAGCUGAAGAACUUGAUCAACAAAACAAGAAAGGGUGGCUUGACAUCAACGCAUGCUUUCUUUAUCGGCGCAUUGGGUAAAUUGGCCGCUACCGGCUCGACUUAUCCUUACAUCACAUUGAAGGCACGUAUGCACUUGAAGGAUGAAUCUGAAAACAAGCCAACAACUAUUUGGGGCUGGAUGAAACAGAUCUACCAACAAGAGGGCAUUCAAGGCUUUUACAACGGUAUCAGCGUUAAGCUUUCACAGAGUGUUUUAACUGCUGCAUUCUUGUUCUAUUUCAAGGAGGAAUUGACAAGUUUGAGUGCUAAAAUGUUGAGAGUGGUUAGAGCUCAGCACCAAAGAGCUAAAGCACUUCGUCUCGUCAGAAAAUAA